AUGCCGCCGCCCGGCGGCGGCGGGAAGGUCCCGCUCGCCGCCGGCGCGGCGGGCGUCACGUGCGCCAUGGCCAUGACGUUCGUCACGGUGUACGCCUCCGCGACGGUGAUGCCGUCGCGGCGGCGCCGCGUCUCCACGCAGCAGAUGAGCCCGGAGCAGCCCACGAAGACGAAGAGCGCCGCGAUCAUGCCGACGAUCCACCAGACGAGCACGUCGUCGUCGUCGUCGCAGGUCUCGCGCUUCUUCGCGCAGCAGCUCUUGCAGCUCACGCCGUACGUGAUCUCGGAGACGACGCACGUCUGGCAGUUGCUCACGUCCUUGAUGCACGUGAGCCCCGUGGACACGUUCAGGGACCCGCACCACACCUCCUGCCGCGCCGCCGCACCAAAGAUGGUCGCGGGCGUCAAGGGCGUCGCGUUCCUCGACGGCGACACCAUGGCCGUGACGUCGUCGACGAAGGGCGAGCUCUUCCUCGUGUCCAAGGCGUCGCAGAGCGUCCUGCGCCGCGUCGAGCUCGACGUCAAGGCCGAGUCGCUCUGCGCCGUGCCCGGCACGCGGCGCGUGCUCGUCGCCGACGGCCGCGGCACGCUCUGCUGCGUCGACACGGCGACGGAGCCCGCGACGGUGGCCUGCGUCGCCGGCUCGGCGCACCACGCCGGCGGCGCGAUGCGCCUCACGUCCGUCGCCGCGUGGGACGAGCGCACGUGCUUCGCCGCGGGCGCGGUCCGCGGCGACAAGACGCGCUGCAGCGUGCGGCGCGUCGAUCUAGUGAAAAACGAGGUCGCCGAGGACGCCCUGCUCGAGGCGCCCAUGGUCCGCGCGCUGCUCGCGGAGCCGGACCGGGGUCGGCUCUUGGCGGGCGCGAUCGACUGCGCGGACGAGGAGAGCGACGACUGCGCGACGCGCCUCGUGGCGCUCCACGCGUCGAACGACUUCGCCGGCCCGCCGGAGGUCCUGGCGACCGUCGACUUCUUCGUCCACGCGGUGUCGCGCCACUCGGAGGACGUCUACGUGCUUUUGGCGCGGCACAGCGGCUCCAAGUGGGAGGCGCCCGUCAAGGUCGUGCGCCUCCACGCGGCGGGCCACAGCGUCCUCGUGUCCGUCCAGGGCAUCCACGCGACGCUGCCCAUCUCCCACGGCGGCGCGAUCGCGGGGCUGUCCUACGCGGGGCUGAUGGGCGGCGUGUUUGGGGUCCGCGCGGGCCGCGAGCACGCCAUGGCCGUCGCGCCCGACGGGACCCUCGUGACGGGCUGCGUCGACAAGAGCUCCCGGGGCAUCCUCCAGCUCUGGAACCUCGAGGUCCCCGACGCGGCCGCGGGCACGGGCAGCACGGAGACGACCGCGGCGGCCUAGCCGAUUUU